AUGGGAAAGAUGUCCGCCAAUAUCGGACGUCGGCUGUACUCCCAUAUAUGGGGGUCAGCAACUCCCUUCUUGGGUCGCAUACGCCCACGCAUCGCGUCAGAGUCGACAUUCGAUUCUUUUUUCGCCCGACGGCUAUCAACACCGGCUGCGAAACCCACCUACCUAACCAGACGAUUCGCAUCUGGAGGCUUUUUUGUUCUCGGUAUCUCUCCUAAAUCUGCUGCUGCCGAGUCAAGUGCAGCCUGCAUUCUUCCCUCGAAAAAAUUAGCGGCGCAAUAUGUUUGGAGGCGGACUGUGCACAAUACGCCCAACGACCAACCUCGCGGAAAAGACCCAAAAGAUUCAACCACCGAUGAAUCCCAUAAUUACUCUGAUGACCAUAAACAAACGACUAUCAAAAAGACCGACAAUAUUCCCUCCCAUCCUUCCUCGUCGCCUCAACCCCCACCUCACUUCGCGCCCUCAAAUCGCCACUUAAUGGACCGGCUUCCGCAUAUGCCGCAUCUUCAUCGCCCGACUAAGGAAGAACUGUUAGCUGCAGCUACAGGUUUCUGGUCUCGGCUGAAAGUACGGUUUAAGUGGUUCUCGAUCAGAAGCGUACGGCCGUUCAGUUUGGACGAGAUAGCCGCGCUCUUUUCGUGGGUUCUUCUCGGUCAUAUUGUAUGGGUCGUCGUGGGAACAACCACCUUUUUCUCUCUUCUCAUUCUUGCUAUCAACACAGUGUUCGCACAAGAAACACUAGCUGGCUGGGUAGGUAACCAUCUCACCAAAUCAUCCGGGGCCAAGGUUGUUUUCGAGUCUGCUAUCGUACCGAAAUGGCGCGGUGGCGUCAUUACAUUCAAGAACGUUUUUGUUUCAAGACGACCCGGUCAAGGCACCGGGCAUGUUAGCAAGGGUUCUCCGCAGACUGCUGCCGCUGCGGCUGAAGCCGCAGCCCGAGGUGAACCAUUACCUGAAGAAAAAACCGUGACAGAGGAUGAGGAUACCAACUACACACAAUUCGACCUUUCCAUUGAGACUGUUAACGUCACUCUAUCGUUUACAAAAUGGCUGAAUGGGAAGGGCCCACUCCGUGACGUGGAAGUGAAGGGAAUUCGCGGAGUUGUCGACCGUCGACAUGUCUACUGGCCGGAAGAAGACCUCGAUCCCAAAUCAUACCGACACGAUCAUAACCCCGGUGACUUUGAGAUUGACUCGUUCAAGAUGCACGAUGUUCUAGUCUCGGUCUAUCAACCCGAUAACUUCCGCCCGUUCUCUGUUAGCAUCUUCUCCUGCGAUCUCCCCCAGUUGCGCAAACAGUGGCUAUUCUACGACUUCAUGUCGGCCAACAUGAUGUCCGGAUCAUUUGACAACUCCCUCUUCACCAUUCACCCGCGUCAAACCCACGGUUUCACAGGAGCCCGUUUAGAGGAUGGCAACGGAGAGGACGGAAAGCCUAGCCCAUGGAAGAAACAUAGUCGGAUACGCGUUGAUGCGCUCAACAUCGACCAUCUGAACCGUGGCGUACAAGGCCCCUUUUCCUGGAUCCACGAAGGCACAGUGGACAUUGUGGCCGAUAUAAUGUUCCCCGCCGACAGCGACGAGAGCCUGGCGAAAGUCAUGACCGACUUUUACGAUCGCCUCGAAGCAACCGUUACCUCGAACCAAUUUUCCGAGCCAGUGUCGCAGCGACUACACGCUGACCCAGAAACCAUGUCUGAUUCCGAUAAACGAUUAUUAGCCAUGGACUUGCGAGUUCAUCUUAACAAUGUCCGGGCCGUGGUUCCCAUCUUCACCCGUGACCUUUCCUACAUCAAUAAUGCGCUCAUUCGACCCAUCGUCGCAUACAUCAAUUCGAAGCGCACCUUUAUUCCCAUUAAUUGUCGGCUGGUCAAGCGUGUCGGCGACUUUGAUGGAAGCUGGACUAUCUUUGACAGCGCCUUGAUGGAUGACUUGUCUGCUGCAACCUAUGAUGCAUUCGCUCGUGACGUGGUAGAUGACGAAGCACGCAAAAGGCGAUUCAAGAAGGUCGGCUUUUGGUCCCUUCAGCUGGCUGCUCAAGCCCUCUUCAUGGGGAUGGCUGGCAACAUCGCAUGA